AUGUGUCCGCUGAGCCCGGACAAGGCGCCGCUGACACCGGGAGGAGGCAGGGGGUCUGGCGGCUACUUGUCGGACGAGUCGUUCAUGUCGACGGAGCCGACAGGCACAACGGGGACGUACCGGUACAUGGCGCCGGAGAUCUUCCGGGGAGAGGGUCAGUACACGGCGGCGGUGGACGUGUACUCUUUCUCGCUGGUGAUGUGGUACAUCUUCGCCGGGGAGCAUCCCUUGGAAAUAUACUUUUGUUGCGGAUCAUUCUACGCUCAGGGGGACUACAGGCUGAGGGCGGUGGAGCUUGUGGAGGAGAUCGAGGCUUUCAGUGCGGGGUCCGCGCGCUGGAUCCGUCACUGA